AUUUUCCUCUUCAUUGGAGUGCAUGGAAGUUACCUGUGGAAUUAAAUGGACUUAUAAGUGCUUUUGUAAAUCGCUAUACGAAUGUAAAUAACCCCAAUUUUAGGGAUCGAGAUUAAAAGGGAUUUGAUGCAUAAAUGAAUGUUUAAUUCUCACUGAGAUUAAUGUUAACCUUUGAUGAACUUAAAAAUGUCGAUAAGUAAGCAUGCUUUACACAGAAAUCGUGUCAAAACUGUAAACUACAAAUGCCAAAAAAAAAUGUUGCUCUCAUUUCUACUGUUAUACCAAAUUCAACAUUCCUUUGCCAACAUUAUCCCAAGUGUGUGUCAUGGAAAUCACUGGAAUUCACUGUUGUGUAUUGGAGUAACUUCGCAGAAAGAUUUAAGAGAUGGCAUUUCAAACGCAUUGGGAAUAGUUUCUCCGCCUCAAUUUGACAGCCUUGAAAUCACCCACAGUCAAUUGAACUUUUUGGGUCCGGAUCUCAACAAGAAACUUUACCAACAAGUUCAAAACCUGAAAAUUAGCAACUCUAACCUAUCUAACGUACAAAGUGAAGCAUUUAUAGGUUUCAGUCACCUCCAAAGUCUAAAAAUUGAAAGUAGCAACAUUUUGAUGAUCGACUUGGCCGCCUUUCACGGUUUGCCCAACUUAAAGAUGCUGCAGCUAAGUGAGGUGAAAGUCAAAAGACUACCAUGGGGCUUAUUUGAUCGUUUACCUUACCUUAUCAAGCUCGAAUUGAUCGAUUGCCAGCCGGAGUUCAUUGACAGGAACGUGUUUCACAAUUUAAACACCCUCAAAGAAUUGGUGCUCACAAAAAAUGCGCUGACAAAGCUCCCGGUGAAUUUGCUACGCCCACUUAUCUCAAUUGAAACACUUAUGCUAAAUGACAACAAACUAGAAACCCUAGAUUUAAAAGGCCUAAAACACCUGCACUCCUUGUUCCUGCAGAAGAACUACAUUUCAACAAUACCAAGGCAUUUCUUCCAGGCUAACAGAAAUCUACGCGUUCUGGUCCUAGACGAUAACGGAAUCAGCGAUUUGGAAUGGGACGUAUUCGCAGACUUGCCCCAAUUGGAGAUCUUAGGGCUGAUGCAUAAUACAAUCUCCAAAUUGCAUCCGCUCAUCUUUAGAACCACCACAAAUCUCCACACCCUAAAUUUGGCCGCGAACCAAAUCUCGAAGCUCGAUUCCAAUACAUUCAACGGACUAACACGCCUCGCGAACCUAAACCUAAUGGACAAUCGCCUCGAAACCCUCCCCGACGGUCUCUUCUCGAAAAACCUACACCUCUCGUUUCUGGAUCUGAGCGCUAACAACCUCAAGAGCAUUUCGCCAACGAACUUCCGCCACCUACGCUCGUUGGCGAGUCUCAAGUUGAAAGGCAACGAGAUUUCCGACAUCCACGGGGAGGCGUUUCGAGAUUUGGCUUUGCUUCAAGUUUUGGAUUUGGAUAACAACGAAAUUCGGGAAAUUGACGCGGGACUGUUUGGGAACCUGAAAAAAUUGCGCGUGCUGGUGUUGGCGAAUAAUUACCUUCGAAAUUUGCCUAACGGGAUUUUUAACGGGUUGACGUCCAUCGAAAGUAUCGAGCUUGAAGAAAAUGGAAAUGAAGACGCUCAACGAGACGACGACGUGGCCAACGGAAGAUUCCGAAUCGGCGGACAACACGACAACAUUUAUAAUCGGCUUCGGAAUUUUGCUAAUCUUCGUAUUCUUCGGCGUCCUGGCGAGCGUCUUUUUAUGCGUGACGCUAAAAAAGGACGCAUAUUUGUGGGAGAUCGAGAGCGACGAACAGCUAGAGCAUAAAUCCGAUCCUGGGGAAAUUGAUCUUUCAGUAAGCGCGGAUAAAAUAAUGGACAAUACUCAAAUUUAACACGAUUGUUUUUUGUGCGCUACAAUUGAAGCUGAUUUCAUUGCAGGGAUUGAAACUCAAUUAAUAUGGAGAGAAACGUUGUAUUAGGUACAUGUGUCACUCGUUAUUUAAGGCUAUUUAGGUGGAUGAAUGUUCAAAGUUUCUAUUACAUUUUUGUAAUGCUUUUACUAUAAGUAAGAGUUUUCUCACGAAAAAUGCAGUAAUUUUACUUUGUUGAUAUAGCUAUGUGGCCGUGAGAAAUGCAUUUUUUACAAGA